CUUUGCAUACUAUCUGACCACACAGAGAGGCUGUACAGUGGAGGAGAGCACUGGCCUUCUCUCUUUCAAGCUAUUUUUCUUCAAAUCAUGGGAUUGGAGCAACUUUUCUUUUUUUUUUCCUCUGGAGUUUAUGCUUAGAUUUGAGACAUGACUGUGGAGCUGGCUGAACACGUUUCCUCCCAUCUCCUUAGGUUGUUUCUACAGGAGUAGUGUUAGGUGCGUCUAUGUUUGUCGGUUCAGCAUGAUGCCUCCAUCUGAUAGUUUUGAGUCUGGCAGCUGGAGUGGAUCAUUAUGAGAGGGGGUCACCACCAGCGAGGAUGUGGGUGUCGGCACCUGUUCAGAAAACUGCUCAGUAAAUGUGGCUGCUGCGUUGUCAGAGCAGAGUCGUACACUGUGACAGGCAGAGACGGCAGCAUUCCUCCAUCAGUGGGCUCUGUGCCCCGCCAGGCCUCAGGCAGCUCCAGCCCCUGCUCACACUCCUCAUCUGGAGGAUCACGGCACCCUGUCAGCGCCCUGAAGAAAUGGCUCACCAAUCCUGUCCGUAAGCUGAGCUCUGACGCCAGAGGAGGAGUGGGAAAGAUGGAGAAGCAGAUGUGUAGGUUAGAUGGAAGGCAAGCACCAUUGCUCCUUUCCCACACUCAGACUCAGCUGGGGCCUCUGGAGCCGCACGACAGAGGCACCAUCCUCCCCUGUGGAGACACGGUGUGGAGAGACGGUUUGUUGAGAACAGAAGCUCUGCCUCCUACACAACUGUCCUGUCAGAGCCAUUUAUGUGACCUCUUGCAAAGAAAAGACAUGCAGAGUCAAAGUCAAAAAUCCAGUGACAGCAAUCUCAAAGAAGAAGAAGACGGCUGCACUGUGACUGAUGACUCAGCCAGUCAGUUGUCUGCCACAGUGGACAGCGAGGAGGAGAGAAACAUUGCCUUAGAGAAGAGCUUAUAUGUGCUGACAGAGCUGAUAGAGACAGAAAGGUUGUAUGUGGAAGAUCUUGGACUCAUAGUGCAGGGCUACAUGACCACCAUGGUCAAUCAGGGGGUUCCCGAGGACAUGAAAGGGAGGGACAGGAUUGUAUUUGGGAACAUCCACCAGAUUUUCGACUGGCAUAAGGAUUAUUUCCUGGGAGAGCUGGAGAAAUGUGUGGGUGAUCCAGACAGUCUGGCUCAGCUCUUCAUCAAACAUGAAAGGCGUCUGCACAUGUAUGUGGUCUACUGUCAGAAUAAACCCAAAUCAGAGCACAUUGUGUCUGAGUACAUUGACACCUUCUUUGAGGAGCUCAGACAGCAGCUGGGUCACAGGCUGCAGCUCAACGACUUGCUCAUCAAACCCGUUCAGAGGAUCAUGAAGUAUCAGCUGCUGCUGAAGGACUUCCUGAAGUACUACAGCAAAGCUGGAAGGGAUGUUGAGGAGCUGCAAAGGGCGGUGGAGGUGAUGUGCUUUGUGCCAAAACGUUGUAAUGAUAUGAUGAAUGUGGGCAGACUUCAAGGUUUUGAGGGGAAAAUCACAGCUCAGGGGAAGCUGCUCCAGCAAGAUACCUUCUUGGUCAGUGAGCAGGAAAGCGGCCUCAUGUCCAGGCCAAGGGAGAGGCGGGUCUUCCUGUUUGAGCAGCUGGUCAUCUUCAGUGAGCCAAUUGACAAGAAAAAGGGCUUCUCUUUGCCGGGGUACACUUUUAAAAGCUGUAUCAAGGUCAGCUGUUUGGGCGUGGAGGAUCACUCUGAGGAAGACCCAUGCUGCUUUGCUCUGACGUCCCGUGGGACUAACAGCAGCUUGACACGCUUUAUCAUGCAGGCAUCAUCUCCGGAUAUACAGGAAGCAUGGCUCAGUGACGUGGUCCAGAUCUUAGACUCACAGAGGAACUUCCUCAAUGCCCUUCAGUCUCCGAUUGAGUACCAACGCAAGGAGAGCAAGUCAAACAGCCUGGGCAGGAACAUGAGGUCCCCAACUGGGUCAGCAUCUGGCUUCAGACCUCACUCCUCGGCAUCCAUGGACCGACGUCAGCAGCCCUGCCUGCUCAGCUACAACACCUCGCUGCCCUCUCUGACACACCACAGCCCAGCCUUGGAGGAGAGACACAGCAGAGGGACAUCCAACGGACUGACCUGCAGCCUAUAUAGCAUGCAGGGUGUGACGGCCAGUUUCCAGGUGAGCACAUUAAACGAGGGCGGGAUUUAUUCAGCACGUCAACCAAACAAACGGGAUCAGCAGCAAUGACCUGUGAAGAGAAAUGGACUCUGUUUUUGGCAUUAAGAGUGACUUAUUGGAGUCAUAGACUGAAUACGUCUUCUUCACAUGCAGUCAGUGGUGCUCUGUCAGGAUCUUUGUUUCACUCCUGUUCUGAGGUCACAGAUAUCUCACUGUUUCUGUCUCUGUGUAAUGUCCUACAUUUUCCUUUGAAUACUUCUGUGGUUUAGGCUUACCCAGAUUUGUUCUUGUGUAAUAAUAUCAGUUUGAUUGUGUGCAUGUGUGUGUAAACUCCACAUGCACAUACUUCUACAGACCUUGAUGAGAUUAAAUAAGUGAAAAUAAAGCAUGACAGAAACUCUGCUCCAUGUUGUAAAUGCAUAGAUUUCUUACUUUUUCCAAUGAAAAUUCCUUGAUGGAUAUUUUUGUAAUGCAUAAUAUUUUCACAAGAGCCCAAUUUCACCCUAUUCCCCCCUGAGACCUACGCCCUCAAAUUCCUGUAUGCAGCCAGAUGGUUGCAACAAAUAUAAUAUAAAUAUAAAAAUAUAAAACAGAGGUGUAUAUAUGUCACUGUCAUCUGCAAAGUAUAAUAAUCUCAUGUGGGAUCAUAUCAAUAAAAGUCUUCGACAUGUGGUGUCCUGAUAAACUCUUGGAAUGAAA